AUGACAAGUAAUCAAAGAGAGCGUAUGUGUAAUGGAGAAGGUUUACAGAUGGUGGUGGCACAGCUACAACAGCAACAAUAUUCAAAUCAAUCAACUACACCAAAGAGGAAGUCUAGAAAUGAUAAUAAUAGAUUUACAGGCAGUGAUCAUGAGGACAUGAGUGGUUCUUGGCUAAACGUAAAUCGUAACAAAUACAAAAGGACUAACUAUCAGAAAGACAGUUAUGAACGGCUGUAUGUACAACAGAUAACACAAUCAAGAACAAUUCUCAAUUCUAAUCAACAUUUCAAUAAUCAUAGUGGACGUUAUGUUCAAUUAAGAUUAGAUUAUGCAAGUGAAUACCGUUAUACUCCUUUUAAAAUUGAAUGUCAUGCAAAACUAACUGACAAGAAGCAAGGUCAAAAAUUAGUUACAGAAUUAUUGAAAUUUAUUAAAGAUGAUUUCUCUCAUCAAAGUCCAUCAUUCAGAAAUAUUCCUAUUUUUGAUUUAUGGUGGAUUGAUUUAAAUGGUGAUUUACAAAUUAUUAUAAAGACGACAGAAUUGUAUGUUUAUCUAUGUAAACCUGAUAGAUAUCCAAAAGACGUAUACAUUGAUAUUUGUCGUCGAUGUGGAGAGAAUAGAACAAAUUUAGUUGCUCAUAAAGAUUGUCGAGUAAAAUGUCAUCACUGUGGUGGUCCACAUGAAUUCACUGAUUAUAAAUGUAAAUUUAUUGCUGAUUAUAGAAGACAAUUGAUUGAAGAGCUGAAAAAACACCCUGAAUGUCUACCACCUGAUAUUCAACUGUUUAUUCCAAAAGGUUAUCGUUCAGAUGAGGAUAGAUCAAAAUCAAUUUAUAACAAGUCUGCAUACGAGUACAAGCAAUACCUAUGUCAGCAAAAGCGACAACAACAACAACAUAUUUUUAAUUUAUCUGAUAGAAAUGCUUGGCCUUAUCUAAGACCAAAUCCACCAGCAACAACUAAUACAGUCUCUCAGAAUGAUCUUAAUUUGAGUGAAACAAUUAAAUUCUUAUCUGAUGAAUUGAAACAAGUUCAGCAAAAGCAUGAAGACGAAUAG